AUGGAACACCACCACAAGCCCGGCCUGCGCGUGCGCCUCCGCAUCACCGCCGCGCGGCGCCGCGCGUGGCUCUCCGCCGGCCUGCGCUCCAACUGCCGCAAGCCGCCGCGCCGCGACCCCUCGGACUCCGUCCACAAGGUCGCGCGCCGCGAGAUCGGCGGCGGCCACCGACGCCCGCCGCGGCCCGCGGCGCCCUCUUCCUCCGCAUUCUCGUGCCCCGAGAAAUUCCGCAACUUCCAGCUCCAGGAAGAAUAUGACACCUAUGAUGAUGAGGUCCAUUUUCUUGUCCAGUUGCCAUUUUUGUGGACCAGAACAAAAAUUAUUGAAAUUGUUGCAGCAAAGGAUGUUAUAUUUGCACUUGCACAAUCAGGUCUAUGCGCUGCAUUUAAUCGAACAACAAACAAACGCAUAUGCUACUUGAAUAUAAGUCCUGAUGAAGUUAUUAGGAGCUUGUUUUACAACAAGAACAACGAGUCGCUUAUCACCGUUUCAGUUUAUGAAUCAGACCGUUUCAGUUCAUUGAAGUGCAGAACAACACCUAUAGAGUACAUCAGAAGAGGUCAACUGAAUGAUGGAUUUCCUUUAUUUGAAACUGAAUCACUAAAAUAUCCUGGCUUUGUUGAGUUUGAUGAUGUUAAUGGCAAAGUAUUGACCUUUUCGGCCCAGGAUAGUACUUACAAAGUUUUUGAUCUAAAGAACUACAACUUUCUGUAUUCCAUAUGCGACAAGAAUAUCCAGGAGAUAAAGAUAAGUCCUGGAAUCAUGCUCGUGAUUUAUCAGAAGACAAACUGUCAUGUUCCACUGACUAUAUUGUCAAUUGAGGAUGGAACUCCACUGAAAACCUUCAAUCAGCUGCUGCAUCGAAAUAGAAAGGUUGAUUUCAUCGAGCAGUUCAAUGAAAAGCUUCUCGUGAAGCAAGACAAGGAAAAUCUCCAGAUUAUCGAUGUUAGGCACUCCGAUCUAAUUGAAGUAAACAAAACCGAGUUCAUGACUCCCUCAGCAUUCAUCUUUCUCUACGAAAACAAUCUAUUCCUGACAUUCUGCAAUAGGACAGUUGCAGCCUGGAAUUUUCGUGGAGAGCUAGUUACAUCAUUUGAGGACCAUGAGUUGUGGCAUCCUAACUGCAAUACAAACAAUAUAUACAUCACUGCUGACCAGGACUUGAUUAUCUCAUAUUGCAAAGUUUCAAAGCAGAAGCAGAGCACAGAUUGUGCUGACAGUGAAGCUGGAGAAGUUUCGUCCAUGGGAUCAAUUAACAUGAGCAACAUCUUUACUGGAAAGUGCGUAGCCAAGAUCUCCCCCAGUGACCCUACUCUCACAAUUGCUCCUCGAAAGAGAGGCGACAGCAGCAGAUCUACCAUCCACAGCACUGUCCCAGAAGCUCUUGAGGACAUCACUGCUCUCUUCUACGAUGAGGACCGCAAUGAAAUCUACACUGGAAACAGCAAAGGCCUGGUGCAUGUCUGGUCAAAUUAA